AUGAGUCAAUAUUUUAUAGAAUCGAAAAGUAAACAACCUAUAUUUUUUAGUUUUAGCAGAAUUUUAGAAAACCAAGAGAUUUUCGAUUAUGAUUUGUUUAUAAAAGAGUUUCAAGAAAAUUUUGAACAAGAACAACAAGAUAAUUGGAGUAAAUAUUGGCAAAAAGAAGGUGAAGAGGAAGUACUAAAGAAAUGGAAUGAAAAAUAUAAAGAAUAUUUAAAAACAGAACAGGAAAGUGAAGAGCAACAAGAAAAAGAAGAAAACUAUUCUAAAGAAGAUAAGGAAAUUUCAGAAAAAGAAAUUGUAACAGCGACUACAUCAGCUGAUAUAUUACCCGAAAAGUCUUGGGAUGAUUUAUGGCAAGAACAUAGAGAGGAAAUCUACUGUGAACAAUAUUUAAUAUUUACCACUAUAUAUUACAACUAUUUUUUGGAUUUAAAAAAAUCCUGUGAAAUUCCCCAACCCAUCGCCGAAGAUUUAGAAGAAGUAGAAGAAGAGCAAGAGGAAGAAGCCUGUUCUCAGUCAAAACUUACCGAAGAAUUGGAACAAUUAAAAAUUUUAGGUUUACCCACAUCCUUCGGUGGCAGACCACAAAAUUCUAGUAAAAAACAAAAACCCCGUAACAAAACCAUACACUAUAGUGAUUAUUUCUCAGAUUCUGAAAUGGAAAAUGAAUCGAAUGGUAGCGAUUUGGAAGAAUAUGAUAAAGAGCAGGAUACCAAAGAAUUAGAAGAAGAAGACACUUUGCAUGGUGUGCAAGAGAAAGCCAUUAACAAGCAGCAGAAGAGAAAAAGAAAUCGUAAAUUGAAAAAUGUUCCCUCUUUUAUUUUGGAAGAAAAGGGUCUUCUUAAGUAUUGGCGUAAACGUUUCAGUCUAUUUUCACGUUUUGAUGAGGGCAUACAGCUGGAUCGCGAAAGCUGGUUUUCUGUUACCCCCGAAAAAGUAGCCAAACACUUAGCCGAACGUCUGAAAUGCAGUAUAAUUGUCGAUGGUUUUUGUGGCAGUGGUGGCAAUGUCAUACAAUUUGCCUUAACUUGCGAUAAAGUUAUAGCCAUUGAUAUAGAUCCCGUCAAAUUGCAAAUGGCUAAACAUAAUGCAGAAAUUUAUAAAGUUUCCCAUAAAAUCGAGUUUAUUUUGGGUGAUUUUCUUCAACUAGCAGCUGGGGGAAAACUUAAAGCAGACAUAGUGUUUUUAAGUCCUCCCUGGGGUGGUCCAAAAUAUAAAAAUAAAAAAGAAUUUGAUAUAGAGAAAUAUUUGUUACCCGUAAAAGCUUCCGAACUGGUAGCUGCUUCUAGAAAUGUUUCGGAAAAUAUAGCUUUAUUUCUACCGCGCAAUUCAAGUGUUAAACAAAUUGUUAAACUUGCUGGUAUUGGUAAACGUUGUGAAAUUGAACAUAAUUAUUUGGAUUCACGUUUGGUGGCCAUUACCGCUUUGUAUGGCGAAGAAAUAUUAAGUAAAAAGGCAACAACUUAAGUGCAUUAUAGAAUAAGUUUAGUUCUUUAUCCCAAAACUAACUUAUAGCAUAACUUAUAAGAUAUUACAAAUAGACGAUAUAUUUUUAAUAAUAAGAAAACUAAUAAAUUAUAGCUUUGUGGGAAAACUAA